AUGCCGCCGGACUUGGCGGCUCCUGUGCAGGUCUGGGUGGGCGGCCAGCUCUUCCAGGCCGACCGCACCCUGCUGGUGGAGCACUGCGGCUUCUUUCGCGGCCUCUUCCGCUCCGGCAUGCGGGAGGCGCGGGCUGCCGAGGUGCGCCUAGGCGUGCUCAGCGCGAGCGGCUUCCUCACCACGCUGCAGGUGCUGCGCGGCGAGCAGCCGGCGCUGGCCGAUGCAGAAGAGCUGCUGCAGGCCGUGGAGUGCGCCGCCUUCCUGCAGGCGCCGGCGCUGGCGCGCUUUCUGGAGCACAACCUCACGUCGGACAACUGCGCGUUGCUGUGCGACGCAGCUGCCGCCUUCGGCCUGCUGGACGUGCUCCACAGCGCCGCGCUCUUCAUCCGCGACGGCGCGCGGGAGCUGGCGGCCGAGCUGGUGCUGCCUGAGGCCCGCGCCUACGUGGCGGCGCAGCGGCCCAGCAGCUACGUGGCCCUGAGCGCCCACACGCCUGCGCCCGGCUUCCUGGAGGACGCGUCGCGCACGAUGUGCUACCUGGACGAGGAGGAGGACGCGUGGCGCACGCUGGCCUCGCUGCCCCUGGAGGCAAGUACGCUGCUGGCCGGCGUGGCCACGCUGGGCAACAGGCUUUACAUCGUGGGGGGCGUGCGUGGCGCCAACAAGGAGGUGGUGGAGCUAGGCUUCUGCUACGACCCGGACGGCGGCACGUGGCGCGAGUUCCCCAGCCCGCACCAACCGCGCUACGACGUGGCGCUGGCCGGCUUCGACGGCCUCCUUUACGCCAUCGGCGGCGAGUUCCAGAGGACACCCAUGAGCUCCGUGGAGCGCUACGACCCGGUAUCGGAACGCUGGAGCUUCGUGGCGGACCUGCCGCAGCCAGCCGCUGGCGUGCCCUGCGCCCAGGCGUGCGGCCGCCUGUUCGUGUGCCUGUGGCGACCGGCUGACACCACGGCCGUGGUGGAGUACGCGGCCCGGGCGGAUGCCUGGCUGCCUGUGGCCGAGCUGCGGCGCCCGCAGAGCUACGGCCACUGCAUGGUGGCCCACCGCGACAGUCUCUACGUGGUGCGCAAUGGACCUUCCGACGACUUUCUGCACUGCGCCAUCGACUGCCUCAACCUAGUCACGGGCCAGUGGACGGCGCUGCCCGGCCAGUUCGUUAACAGCAAGGGGGCACUCUUCACGGCCGUCGUGCGUGGCGACAUCGUCUAUACAGUCAACCGCAUGUCCACGCUGCUCUACGCCAUUGAGGGCGGCACCUGGCGGCUGCUCAGGGAGAAGGCCGGCUUUCCCCGGCCGGGCUCCUUGCAAACUUUUCUCCUGAGGCUACCUUCUGGUCCCCUGGGGCCUGUGGCCUCGACGACGCCCGAACUGUGA